AUGGGACAUGUAGCUUACAACCUUCCAUACCAACAGCAGCCAUCUGCUUCUCCAUUCCUCGCCAAUAGCCCCGGUGGCUUCCAGAACGGUGGUGGCGCGAACCUCAACGGCCUCGGCUCUCCUCAGUACAGCGGCACCAUGAGCCCGGGAGCAGGUCGCUCGAACGGCAACGGAGCGCCCGGCGCCUACGACAAUGGCCCCUUUGCGAACCAACUCCCUUCCUAA